AUGAGGAGAGGAGCCGCCCCCUCGAACCGCACCCCCUGCCUCCCUUCCUUCCUCCACACCCCUGCCCCACUCACAGUUGUCUCUGCCCUGUUCUUCACACGGCAGCCAGCCCCCCCACCCCCCCGUUCCUGCCACCUACCCCCCACAGUAGCAGCCGCGGGAGGGGAGAGGCAGGGCAGAGGGUGGUGCUCUGCUGGCGGGGUGCUCUGCUGGCGGGGUUCUCUGCUGGCGGGGUUCUCUGCUGGCGGGGUUCUCUGCUGGCGGGGUUCUCUGCUGGCGGGGUUCUCUGCUGGCGGGGUGCUCUGCUCGCGGGGUUCUCUGCUGGCGGGGUUCUCUGCUGGCGGGGUUCUCUGCUGGCGGGGUUCUCUGCUGGCGGGGUUCUCUGCUGGCGGGGUUCUCUGCUGGCGGGGUUCUCUGCUGGCGGGGUUCUCUGCUGGCGGGGUUCUCUGCUGGCGGGGUUCUCUGCUGGCGGGGUUCUCUGCUGGCGGGGUUCUCUGCUGGCGGGGUUCUCUGCUGGCAGGGUUCUCUGCUGGCGGGGUUCUCUGCUGGCAGGGUUCUCUGCUGGCGGGGUUCUCUGCUGGCGGGGUGCUGGUGCUGGCGGCUGGCGCUGGUGCUGGUUCCUGGUGCUGGCGGCUGGCGCUGGUGCUGGUUCCUGGUGCUGGCGGUGGUGCUGGUUCCUGGUGCUGGCGGCUGGCGCUGGUGCUGGUUCCUGGUGCUGGCGGCUGGCGCUGGUGCUGGUUCCUGGUGCUGGCGGCUGGCGCUGGUGCUAGUUCCUGGUGCUGGCGGCUGACGCUGGUGCUGAUUCCUGGUGCUGGCGGCUGGCGCUGGUGCUGGUUCCUGGUGCUGGCGGCUGGCGCUGGUGCUGGUUCCUGGUGCUGGCGCUGGUGCUGGUACUGGUUCCUGGUGCUGGCGCUGGUGCUGGUGCCUGGUGCUCGCUCUUGA